AUGGUACGCCAAUUUCAUGAUGGUAUGCAGGCCCAUGUUCUCGAUGAUGGUAAUCAAUCUUCACCCUUUAAUGUUACAAAUGGCGUCAAGCAAAGAUGCGUUUUAGCCCCGACAUUCUUCAGCAUGAUGUUCACUGCCAUGCUCGCAACUGCUUUCUCUGAAAGUGACCCAGGCAUUGACAUCAGGUACCUUACAGACGGCGGAGUCUUCAACCUGCAGAGUUUGAAAGCCAAUACCAAGGUCCACUUCAAAAGGCUAAGAGACCUUCUCUUUGCAGAUGAUUGUGCCCUUAAUGCUUUAACAGAGGCUGACAUGCAACAGAGCCUGAACAGAUUCUCAGAUGCCUGUGACAGUUUUGGUCUGACAAUCAGCACUAAAAAGACUGAGGUCAUGUUCCAACCAGCACCAAAUAGCCCUUACAUCAAGCCAAACAUCUCAAUCAAGUCUCAGCGUCUCAAUCCUGUGGAGAAGUUCACAUAUCUUGGUAGCACCCUAUCCAGAAACGUCCAUAUUGAGGACGAAGUCAACUCCCGCAAAGCUAAAGUAAGCUCUGCCUUUGGUCGCCUAAACAAAACUGUAUGGAACCGCCGAGGUAUCAAAUCAGUGACAAAGCUCAAUGUGUACAGAGCAGUUGUACUUACAGCACUACUGUAUGCCAGCGAGACCUGGACGGUGUACCAGAGACAUACCAAGAAGCUGAACCACUUUCACACAGUAUGCCUUCGAAAAAUACAAGGCAUCACAUGGCAAGACAAGAUCCCGGAUACUGAGGUCCUGAGCCGCGCAAACAUGUACGGUAUCAACACCAUACUGCGGUCAAGCCAACUUCGCUGGACUGGUCAAGUUUGUAGGAUGGACGGCACACGCAUCCCGAAACAGUUGUUCUAUGGUGAACUAGUUAAUGGCUCACGCUCUAGAGGUUGUCAAAAGAAGCGGUUCAAAGACUCGCUGAAAGUAUCCACCAAGCUGUUUGGCAUUGAACCCGACUCAUUGGAGAAGCUCGCCCAGAAUCGUAGUGCUUGGAGAUCGAGUUUAAAGGUCGGAGCCAAAAAACACGAGCAGCAUCGUGUCUGCCUUGCCGAGCAUAAGAGAGCAAAGCGAAAGGAGAGGGAAGCGUCUGAUGCACCCCCAACUGGACCAUCCCUCCCGAAAUGUGGAAGGGCGUUCCAUACCAGGAUUGGAUUAAUCGGUCACCUUCGCACCCACAACACCAACCACAGAAACACAAACAGUUGA